AUGAGUGAAGAGAUUAAAACUUUAAAGACGAAAAAUGACAUAAUUUCUUCAACAACAAAUUUAGAUUUAUGGUUUAAUGAAAAUGUAAAAGAACAACUUUUAGUAAAAAUGGAGGAUUUUCAACAAAAAGAAUCGGGAUGGUCUUUGGUUGAAAUUUUAAAUUUAGUUAUAAAUAUUAAUAAAUACGUUGCAUUUUUAGGAGGAUUAUCGACGUAUGUAGAAUUACCUAAAACAAUUAGAUUAAAGAAAGCAAUAAUCAAUAUUCAAAACAACGAUUCCUUUUGCUUUCUUUGGUCCAUUGUAGCAGCGUUACAUCCUGCUAAAUAUAAUGUUUCACUGACUGAUUCAUAUCCGCAUUACAGUCAAGUAUUAAAAUACGAUGAUAUAGAAUUUCCUAUUAGGUUUGAAGAUAUCGAAAAAUUUGAGAAACUGAACAAAUUAAGCAUUAACAUUUAUGGUGAGGAACAAGACAAAAAUGAAAAAAGAGAUAUUGUUCCUCUUUAUUUAAGUAGAGAAAAAUCAGAAUUACCGGUAAUUCAUCUGUUUGCUGUAGAAAUAUAUGAUUUUAAUGAUAAUGAUCAAAAUUUUAUCCAUGAGGAAAUUGAUAGAAGCAAACAAAAAUUAACUUAUCAUUUUACGCUUGUGAAAAAUUUAUCACGUUUAAUAAGUUCUCAGGUUUCACGAAACGAACAUCGUAUUUUAAUAUGUGACAGAUGCCUGUGUCACUUUACUCUUGAAAAAUCUUUUGAACGACAUAGAUUGUCGUGUGAAAAGGUAAACAAAUGUAGAGUAAUUUUACCAGAUAAAAACAAUAAAAUUUUAUCUUUCAAAAAUUAUCGUUUUAAAGAAAGAGUUCCAUUUGUCGUAUAUGCAGAUAUUGAGUGUCUGUUGGAGCCUGCAGAUGAUUCACAUACUAAUACAUCCGCAUAUCAAAAGCAUGUUCCAACAAGUGUAGCUUAUUAUUUACAUUGCAGUUUCGAUGAAUCAUUAAGCAAAUUUAAUCUUUAUCGAGGUAAAAAUUGUAUUGAGUGGUUUCUAAAUGAAUUAAAAUGCUUAUCAUAUGAUGUUAAUGAUCUUAUAAAUAAUAUUGUACCAAUGGAACCAUUAACUAAGCAACAAAAUCAAGAAUUUCAAUUGUCUACAAUUUGUCACAUUUGUGAGACAAUUUUUACAGCGAAUGAUAUUAAACAUCGCGAUCAUUGCCAUUUUACUGGUAAAUUUCGCGGUGCUGCUCACCGAAACUGCAAUGUAAAUUAUAAAGAUUCUUAUGUAAUUCCAGUAGUUUUUCAUAAUUUAUCUGGUUAUGAUUGUCAUUUUUUUAUUAGAGCUCUAGCAACCAAUUUUGAAGGACAAAUAAACUUGUUACCUGUAAACAAAGAAAAAUAUAUAGCAUUCACAAAGAAAGUUGCUGAAACAAAAAUUAAUCUUCGCUUUGUUGACUCUUUUAGGUUUAUGUCUAGCAGCCUUGAAAAAUUAGCUUCCUAUUUGAGUAAUGAUAAGAAAGAAAUUACUCGUAAAUUUUCUAAAAGUAAUGAAGAAUUCAAUUUGUUAACGAGAAAAGGUGUAUUCCCUUAUGAAUACAUCGAUUCUUGGUCACGAUUAGAUGAAGAAUCUCUUCCUCCAAAAGAGGCAUUCUUUUCAAAAUUAUAUGACGAACAUAUUUCAGAACAAGACUAUUUUCAUGCGCAAAAUGUAUGGGAAACUUUUAAUCUUCAAAAUUUAGGACAAUAUUCCGAUCUUUAUCUUAAAACAGAUGUUUUGCUUCUUGCUGAUAUUUUUGAAAAUUUUCGAAGAACCUGUAUUUUAGCUAUAAACUAG